AUGGCUACCAGAAGACGUAUUAUGAAGGAGCUGGACGACAUGGCCAAAGAUACUUCUUCGGGAAUGCAUGCAACGCCCCUGGAUCCGUCGGACAUGACGCAUCUGCAGGGUCGCUUUAAAGGACCCCCAGGAACGCCUUAUGAAGGCGGCGAGUUCGUAAUUGAUAUCAAAUUGCCCGAUAAUUAUCCUUUUAUGCCACCAAAGAUGAAGUUCGAAACUAAAGUCUGGCAUCCGAAUGUCAGCAGCCAAACUGGCGCGAUCUGUCUGGAUACUCUCUCGCAGAAAUGGUCGCCGGUGCUUACAAUCAAGACUGCACUCCUAUCACUGCAAUCCCUCCUCGAUGCCCCCGAACCAUCGGAUCCGCAGGAUGCCGAGGUUGCGCAGAUGAUGUUGGCGACACCGCAGGUCUUUAAAGCUCGUGCUCGGGAAUGGGCAGUGCGGUAUGCGGGUGCCCCGCGAGACUUGCAAUCAUCGGGGUCAACAGGGGGUACGAGUGGACCUACGCCAGCGCAGCAGCGGGCGAUCGAAUAUGGCGGCUACGACCAAAACACAGUGGACGGAUUCGCCAGCAUGGGGUUCCCCGUGGCUUUAGUUGUGAGGGCACUAGGUUCGGUGGGUGCGAGAAAGAAGGGCCCAUUGAGUGAAGAAGAGGCGGCGAGAGUGGUGGAAAUGUUAUUGAGCUAG